UCUCCAUCAUCCAUUGCCGUCCCCCGACCUUGUUCCUCCCCUCGUCCGCGUGCCCCGCAUCCCGGCUUCCGGCAUCGCCCAACGAACCAUUCCGCCUGACCUCGCCGCCGCACGCAUCCCGAAGGCUCCUGCGACGGGAGCUCGUCGGCUGGAAUUCCGCUCCUGUUGUCGCUGCCCGCUGCCUAUUGCGCGCUGCUGCUGCCCCAGGUGCGCCGAUCGAUCCGGACCUGGGUUGAUUCAUCCGUCGUGGUACUAGAAUUGAACUGUCCUUGAGGCUGCAGUUAGAGAGGCUCUGGUAGUGUGUCUACAUAUUUAUGUCUGUGUCAAUGCGAUAAGAAUCUGUCUCAAUUAGAUAUAGAAAGAUGGGUGACGGGGUGGCUUUUGAGGCGGCGAGGAAGAUUAUUAUGCACCCACUUUAUGCGCCCAGGUCUUCACCUUGGCUUGACUUGAAGGUGUUCUACAUUAGGGUGAGCAAUUGUGUGGUUGAUGAGUCUGCACCGGAGCAUCUCACGCUCAACCACAUCCCUUUGUCGCCUGAUACGGUUAUUGAGGUGAAUGGCCAGCGGAGCAGCAUGCACACUGAGUUUAUAUCCUCGUCACUCAGGAGGGACAGGGUUGACAAAAAGACUGAGGAAGCUACAUUUGUGAGCACGGAUAAUAUACGGAUGACAGGGAGUGUGAGGUUCCAGGUCUUUGAUAAGAAUGAUCUCUUGCUCACAGGAGAUUUGGAUUUGUCCAAUGCCAAUGGAGUAGUUGGGGAAUCAAAGAACAGUAGCAAGAAAUGGAAUAUGAAAUGUCAAUCAUCAACAUCAUGUAAUGGCUUCUUGAAGGGAAAACUCUCCACAGGCUCGGAAUAUGUACAGCCAGUGAUUGAAGUUUAUGUUGCUGGCACUUUCUCUGGCACACCUAUCAUAUUAACAAAGGCAAUCCAGCUUAUAUCACGGAGGAAGUCUGAAAUGAAACUAAAGCUUGAUUCCAUCCCUGAGAAUGAGGCAACUGAACAACAGAAAGAAGAGUCUGCUGAAGACUCUUUGAAGGUAUCAGAAUUCCAGGAUUCCAAACCAGAGACGGAUGUGGAUGUUGACUAUAACAGUUUGUACUCAAGGCAGGACUUUCUAGAGGGUGAGGACGGUGAGCUUUCAUGGUUUAAUGCCGGGGUCCGUGUUGGAGUUGGAAUCGGCCUUGGCGUUUGUGUGGGUAUCGGAUUGGGUGUCGGCUUGCUGGUCCGUACAUACCAAAGCACCAGUAGGAACUUCAGGCGCCGACUGCCCUGAUCGCCAAAUGAUCCCCAUGAAUGUAGAUUUGUAUCUACCUUGGUCUUGUAGGAAGCUAACUGUCCACCUUUCCUGUCCAUGCUAUAGACAUAGAUGAGUGCGGCUUUCUGUUCUUCCCUUUCUGCAGUCUCUCUGGGUAUCUGAUGCUUUCUUGUUUGCAAUGCCAAUCAUUUUUGCUCCUUGAGAUGUAAAUAUGAGUCCAGUCAAAAUAAUAAGAGUGAAGUCACUUGCUGUUACUGUGAACGUCCAAUGGUUCUCUCUGCAUUCUGGGAUCUUGAAUUAAAUGUGUUGAUGAAGGAACUUAAGUGACCGACAA